GGAAAGUGAAGUGGUUUGUUUCCUGUUUUAGAUAGUUAAAAUAAUGUAAAGCAACAUAAAAUGAAUGGUGCUACAUCAAAUAAAGAAACAUAUGUGGAAUUAGAAUCGGCAUGGCACGAAAGAAACAUUGAUUUAACUUUUAAAUUACCAGAUAUGCAGAAAAUGAAAGAAGAAAGAAAAUCAAGGAAUAAUAAUGUUUUGCAGGGUUUAAAAGAACCUGCAUUCCAUGGAGUGUUAAUAAGUUUGGAAAAAAAAGAAUUAGCAGCCGUAAAAAUACAGAAAGUUUUCCGUGGUUACCUUGGGAGGAAAAAAUACAUUAAUGUUCUGUAUGAAACUGUUCUUUCUGAGGAAAAGGACUUUAAAAACCAACAAAAACAACAGGUAGAAGAGGGAGAAAUAAUCAUAGAGAAUUACAGAAUUGAACAGGAAUUAAAAGAUGACAAUGUAGUCCGUUGUAACAAAUCUAGAUUGCUAAAUGCUAAAGCAAUGAUUAUUCAAAGAGCUUGGCGAGAACACGAACGCCAAAGUGAACUUCCAAAAAACCACAUUUGCUGUUCUUGUCAGGAAGAUUAUCCAGAAUUGUAUUCUUAUUACAAAGACACGAAGGCUAUAUGUUUUUGUUGUGACGCUCAUAGGUUACAACCUGAUCCAGAACAGAUGUUUUCUGACGAUUUUACUUAUGAUGAAGCCUAUUAUACAGAACCACUACCUUAUCCAACCACUGACUGGUUAAGUAUUGACAAUGUUUUAAAACAAAAACAAAGAACCAAUAGUGAAGGUAGCAACCAAGAUUUUACUAACCUGCCAUCAAGACUAGCUGUAGAUCAUGACUUAAAAUUAACAUUUGUUGAAAGUUACGAAAGUGAUAAAAAUUUACCUGAAGUUGAAGUAGUUAAUGACGCAUCUGAUGAAAAUUCAUUUGACAUUAUCGAUAUAAACAUUGAAAGAGUUACAGACACAUCUUUAAAUCGCAGUCCUGACUCCUUGGAACCCGUGGAAGAAUCAACUCGAAUUUUAAAGUCUUUGGAAAUUCACGAGGAGCAUGAAAAAAAGAAACUGCUGGCAUCUGAUCAUUCAAAUUUCAGGGAUAUUAAAUCUUUGAAUUUAAAAUCAAUAAAUGAGCUUCAAGAGAUAAUUGAUGACCUACAUAACUAUAUAUCUUUGAAAAAUAAAGAACUUGUCAAGGAGCUUAUGAUUCGUGACGACUUGCAUGCUCAGCAUGAAGCUGUAUUCUGUUCAAAGUGGUAGUUAAAUCGCGUUGUGUUAGAAAUGCAUAUAAUAGAGAUAUACGUGGAAUAUGUACGCUGGGCAUAAAUUUGAUGACUGAAACAUGUACAAUGCCAAAACCCCUAGGUUUUUCCACUGGCUAAGGACAUCUCGUUGAUGCUCUACACAGAAAAGUUUGGAUGUGUAGUAUCACAGAAUUAGUUGCUUUGAAUAACAACGUGAAUAUAACAAUUGAUAUUAUAAUAUUAGGCUUUAUUUUUAACAUUGUAUAUACUACACAAUUUUUUUACAAGAAAAACAAUCUUAAGAAACACGAGACUGAGAUUAUAGGUAUUUUCACCUUUUAACUUAAUUACUUAAUUUUUUAAAAAAUGUCAGGUCUAUAAAUUUUCAGACCAACUCUAUAAUAGUUAAGAAACAAACUAAAUUCAAAAGUUUUUUCAAAAAUGUGGUUUUUUUUUUUUAAUCAUAAAAUUGAAGGGUUUCUCUAGUGUGUUAGAUUUUUAACCAGAUAUAUUGUAGAUUUUUUUAGCAUAGACUUAAAGAAUAAUAUAUAUCUUUUUAUUUAAAGUUUCGAUUAUAAUUUAUUAUAAUCUUUAUUUACCACUGUCUUUUUUUUUCUAAUAAUGGUACUCACUCAACAAAUGUUCAUUUCUUUAAAGUCUCUUUAAGUGACCUGCUGAGCAAGAUGGAGAAUAAAAUUAUGCUCUCAAAAAGUGAAAGUUUUUUGAAAUCAAAAUUAUAAUUUUACACUUUGAUUGUCUAUAAGUAUUUGAUUGAAGUAGCUGAACAAA